UUGACCAUUGUGUUCUUUGCCCUCUCUGGUCUUGAUGUUCUGGAUUCCCUUGACGUAAAAGACAAGCACAGCUUGAUUGAAUGGGUCUACUCACUACAAGUUCUUCCUACAGAGGACCGUAAGUGUUGCCCUGGCCUACUGUAGGGUUUUAAACAUGCAUUGCAUUCGGGAAGUAUUCAGACCCCUUCACUUUUUCCACAUUUUGUUACGUAAUAAUAAUAAUAUGCCAUUUAGCAGACGCUUUUAUCCAAAGCGACUUAGUCAUGUGUGCUUACAUUUUUAUGUAUGGGUGGUCCUGGGGUUCGAACCCACUACCCUGGCGUUACAAGCGCCAUGCUCUACCAAUUGAGCUACAGAGGACCUUGACAGAGCUUGAAGAAUUUCUUAAGAAUAAUGGGCAAAUAUUGUACAGUCCAGGUGUGCAAAGCUCUUACAGAAAGACUCAGUUGUAAUCGCUGCCAAAGGUGAUUCUAACAUGUAUUGACUCAGGGGUGUGAAUACUUAUGUAAAUUAGAUCUUUCUGUAUUUCAUUUUCAAUAAAUUUGCUAAAAUUUCUAAAAACAUUGUUUCACUUUGUCAUCCAUUUAAUUCACUUUGAAUUCAAGCUGUAACAACAAAAUGUGGAAUGUGGAAUAAGUCAAUGAGUAUGAAUUAUUUCUGAAGGCACUGUAUUUUAUGCGCUCUCUGGAUGAUGCUAAUCAGCCACUUCUGCUCAAUGCCCAGUUGUUUUAUUAUUAUUCAGACGAUGAACAGAAAUCCUGUUAAGGACUUGUUUAUCGGUUGGGCAUAGAAAGCUACAAUCAUAUGCUACUUGUCUGGCCUGUUACUUAUUAUUAACAUUAGUAGUAGUUUCAGCUGCUGAUUUUCAGUUCUAUUUAAGUAGUCAGGGACACUCCCAUUCUGACAAUAAAGCGAACCACUAGAUGGCAGCAUUACACCUUGUUGAGUUGCCUGACAGCAAUGGACAAUGCCUUGGCUCGUGUUUAUAUAGGCUAGACCAGGGGUAGGCAACCCUGGUCCUGGAGUGCCACAGGUACUCAAUGUUUUUGAUUUAACCAACCUGGAAGACCAGGGGCCUCAUUUAUCAACCAUGCGUAGGCACAAAUCUGUACGUAAAUCAUGCGUGCGAUUAUUUCCACGCUAAGUGUGAGAAUUAUCAAUAUGAACGUUUGCUUGAGUGUGCGUAAAUUUACACCCAGCCAUGACCAUGUGUAUGCACAGUGCCAAGUGGUGAAAUAAGGGAACUGCUUGUCAUGUGUGAAACUGAGUAAUAAUUAAAUAAUUAUUGUAUUUCCAUUGUGAAUUCAUGCAACAUAUCUUGACAUGCUUUAUAAUUUGACCCCUGUGCAUUUGUUACAAUAAUAAUCCAUAUAAAGCACAGUACUGGUUAAAUGAGAGGUACGUGUGAAAGUGAAACCAAUGUUGAAAUACUAUAAAAGACUGAGAUGGCUGAUCUUGCUCUGUUUGAAGGUCUUGCUCUGUUUGAAGCACACACUGCAUUUCAAAGAGGGCGCAUUUUUAGAGACAGGUGGGACUUUUUCUGCAGAAAGUACAGAUUGGCUCAUCAAACAAUCUUAUAGGAUUUUUGUGAGGAUUUAAGACCUUUUUAAAAGGUGACCGCAUGCCAUUCAGGUGCACUUCCAAGUGCUAUCCACCCUUCGGUAUUUGGCAAUGGGCACUUUUUUGCUGAUCGGCAUCACACAGCCCUCGAUGAGCCGACGUUUUGGAUGAAAACAUCAUCAAAACGACAUUGCACAACAGGUUGAAGUCGAGGGAUUUCUUUGCCAUGAUGCCAUCAAUGGGUUCCGAAAUACGGACGGAGCAAUAGACGGCACCCACAUCACCAUAAAAUCACCAUCCCAAAACGUUUUAAAUGAUGUGAACAGAAAAGGCUUCCACUAUUUAUGUGCAGGUGAUGUGGUUAUGUGAUGUGCAAAAUACGCUGCUGAUUGUGGUGGCCAGGUGGAACGCACGGCUCGUUCAUUCUGCAGAACGCAUACAGGAGGGAGCUGUUGUGGAUGGAUGGCUUAUUGAUGAGUGUUGCCUACUCAUUUCAAGUAUACUUAAUUGUCCUAAUGGUCCUCUCUUUUGUAGCUAUGUUAUUAUUAAUACUGUUCAAGCCACAACUGACCUAGCCAAUUAAAACCUUUUGGUUGUACUCAAGCUUUGACACCAGCACCUCUAUUUAAGGUGUUUUAUUUCAUUGUACAGCGUUUUUUUAUUUGUGUGUAUGUGUGUGUGUGUGUGUGUGUGUGUGUAUGUAUGUAUGUAUGUAUAUAUGUAUAUAUGUGUAUGUAUGUAUAUAUGUAUGUAUAUAUGUGUAUGUAUAUAUAUGUGUGUGUGUGUAUUAUGUAUGUAUAUACGUGUGUAUAUAUAUAUACACGUGUGUGUGUUACUGAACAAAAAUAUAAACUUAAGAAUUUCAUUUGAUUUUACCAAGUUAGUUCAUAUGAGGAAAUCAGUCAAUUGAAAUAAAAUCAUUAGGCCCUAAUCUAUGGAUUUCACAUGACUGGGCAGGGGGGCAGCCAUGGGUGGGAGCCAGGGCCACCCACAGGGGAGCCAGGCCCAGCCAAUCAGAAUGAGAUUUCCCCACAAAAGGGCUUUAUUAAAGACAGAAAUACUCCUCAGUUUCAUCUGCUGUCCAGGUGGCUGGUCUCAGACGAUCCCGCAGGUGAGGAAGCCGGAUGUGAAGGUCCUGGGGUGGCGUGGUUACACGUGGUCUGCGGUUGUGAGGCCGUUUGGAAGUACUGCCAAAUUCUCUAAAACGAUGUUGGAGGCAGCUUAUGGUAGAGAAAUGAACAUUCAAUUCUCUGCCAACAGCUCUGGUGGACAUUUCUGCAGUCAGAAUGCCAAUUACAUGCUCCCUCAACUUGAGACAUCUGUGGCAUUGUGUUGUGACAAAACUUCAAAUUUUAGUGGCCUUUUUAUUGACCCCCAGCACAAGGUGCACCUGUGUAAUGAUCAUGCUGUUUAGCCACACCUGUCAGGUGGAUGGAUUAUCUUGGCAAUGGAGAAAUGCUCACUAACAGGGAUAUAAACACAUUUGUUCACAAAAUAUGAAAGAAAUAAGCUUUUUGUGCUUAUGGAACAUUUCUGGAAUCUUUUUAUUUCAGCUCAUGCAACAUGGGACCAACACUUUACAUGUUGCGUUUUAUAUUUUUUGUUCAGUGUAUAUAUUCCCCGCGGGUUAAAGGGAUGAUUUUGACCAUAUGGUUAAUUAGGGGAGUUUCGAAAUGCAAACAUCCAAGGUCGUGCACGAGUACUGAGGCUGAGAACAAUUAUUAUUUAUCAAUGGUUGUCUCCUACCGGUGUGCGUAUGACGUUCGUAGGAUUGUUUGAUAAAUCAGACUUCUACUAUGCGUACGACCAUUCUAAAUUCCGUUCGUAAGUAGUAUUUUAGAAUAGUUUCUACGCAAUAUUGAUAAAUGAGGCCUCAGGUGUGUUGAAUUUAGGCAAUCACUGAACUGAUCAAUUAGCUCAGUUGGAAUGGUCCGGUGUGGUGCCUAGUUGGAACAAAAUCCUGCAGUACCUGCAGCACUCCAGGGACAGGGGGGCCUAUCCCUGGGCUACACUCUAUUAUAUUAUGGUCUCAAAGUAGUACUGAUCUAUGAUCAGUUUUGUCACUUUAAAUCAGGGCUGCCCCAACCCUCUUCCUGGAGAUCUACCGUCCUGUGGGUUUUCAGUCCAACCAUCAUUUAACACAGCUGAUUCUACUUAUUAGCUGCUCAACAAGACCUUAACUAGCUGAAUCCGAUAUGCUAAAUUAGGGUUGGACUGAAAACCUACAGGACAGUAGAUCUCCAGGAAGAGGGUUGGGCAGCCCUGCUUUAAAUCAUAUUGAAGAAGAGGGGGGACCUGAUCCUAGAUCAGCACUCCAACUGAGAUACUUUAUGAAUACGGGCCCUGAUGUGAGGACUGUACACAGAGCUUCACUACAAGACCAAAAGUAUGUGGACACCUGCUCGUCGAACAUCUCAUUCCAAAAUCAUGGGCAUUAAUAUGGAGUUGGUCCCCCCUUUGCUGCUAUAACAGCCUCCACUCGUCUGGGAAGGCUUUCCACUAGAUGUUGGAACAUUGCUGUGGGGACUUGCUUCCAUUCAGCCACAAGAUCAUUAGUGAGGUCAGGCACUGAUGUUGGGCGAUUAGGCCUGGCUCGCAGUCGGCGUUCCAAUUCAGGUGUUCGAUGGGGUUGAGGUCAGGGCUCUGUGCAAGCCAGUCAAGUUCUUCCACACUGUUCUCGACAAACAAUUUUUUCUGUCAUGCUGAAACAGGAAAGGGCCUUCCCCAAACUGUUGUCACAAAGUUGGAAGCACAGAAUCGUCUAGAAUGUCAUUGUAUGCUGUAGCGUUAAGAUUUUCCUUCACUGGAACUAAGGGGCCUGAACCACGUUGAAAGUCACGGAGCUCUUCAGUAAGGCCAUUCUACUGCCAAUGUUUGUCUAUGGAGAUUGCAUGGCUGUGUGCUCGCUUUUUAUACAUCUUGUCAGCAAUGGGUGUGGCUGAAAUAGCUGAAUCCACUAAUUUGAAGGGGUGUCCACAUACUUUUGUGUAUAUAUAGUUUAUGUAUGCAUUAAAUGUGAAUGUAAAGUUUUUAAUUUCCUUCGACAUAUCCCCUUUAUGUCCGCUGGCUUUACCAACAUUUCACAUACCCCCCUAGAAUCCAAUUUAGGACGUUGUGGGUUUCGCGGGUCAUCACACAUCGGAGUUCCAUACAGCACCUCGAAGGUAUUGACCUAAUUUCAUACCUCCACACACUGGAUACACAUCCUUGUUCAACAGAAUUAUUAACAGUCUGCCUAUAAGUGUCUAUGUAAGCCAGCUGAAUCAGUUGGGGAUUUUGUUGGGGGGGGCGGAAUAGUCAUGGAGUCACAGACGUCAUAUUGCGGUCCUAUUCAGAAUGCAUUGAUAAGGCUUGCCUCCUCAGGGCCCAGGAGUAUCCCACCCGUAUGACAGUGGCCAUGUGGCCAUGACGUACACUGGCCUGGCCUGCCUGGUCAUACUGGGCGACGACCUGAGUCGUGUCAAUAAGGAGGCCUGUCUGAUGGGCCUGAAAGCCCUGCAGCUAGAGGACGGAAGGUAAACAUCCAGUCACGCUCCACUGCAGCUCGUUUACCAGAUGUACUAACAAUGAGUUACUGUUACGUUCUUUGGUAAUGCCUUGGGCAAGGCACUAAACCACCUAUACUUGUUUCAGGGCCGCUGCACUGCGGCUGACACAUUUGCUUCCAAACCCUCGGGGGGGAGUUGGGUUGUGAGCAUAAAGACACAUUUCCGUUGUCUUUAUGUUGAUGGACAAUAAAGUAUUAUUUUCUUCUAAUGUUAGUGUUUUGGUACUUUUAUCGUUUUUUUGUGCAUUAUGUGAAGGGAGACCUGUUUAACAACGUCAGCAUUGAGACCACUGUCAGAGAGAUCACUGCGUCCUGUUUGAGUGUUCUGAGAGGAUUUAACCAGUUAAAACCCUUUGACACAGCGAACCUCGUCCUUACACAUACAAAAAAAGGCCUUUAACGUCUGCUGUGAUGUCUGCUUUCAGCUUCUAUGCCGUUCCAGAGGGAAGUGAAAAUGACAUGAGGUUUGUGUACUGCGCAGCAUGCAUUUGCUACAUGCUCGAUGACUGGUCGGGCAUGGACAUCAAGAAGGCCAUCGACUACAUCAGGAGAAGUACGGUAAGUCCAUUGUUUCACUUUCAUCAAGCAGCCUGCUGCGCUGAGCCUCCUCAGUCUUUUCUACAAGGGUUCAACCCUCAACCACUACUUGCUAGAGUGUAAAACUGGGGUUUAAACGAACAUUGGUUCAGUGUUUUAUUUCUAUUGUAGUCAACACAUCAUCGAGAUUGACCUAUAUCAAACGACUGUCAGUAGUGGCCUUCUUUUUUGAAGGUGCAUUGGAAUCAAAGGGCCGUCCUGUCGACAGCCUGACUCUUUCCAGUCAAAGCCUUCCGAGAGAAACAGUUUACACAAGUCCUGAGUUUUAUUACGUUCUCCCUUUAUCCUCCCCUCCAAGUCACAGGGGGAUGGCGAGACGGAGGUGAGGAGACCAGGCACCAUUGUAUCCUGCUGGGCCUCCAUAAUAGUGAUUGUUUCCUCUGUGAUAUCCCCUGCCUUCCCAUCUCUCCUAUGUCAUUUAACAAAAGAUGAUAGAGUACAGUCUGGAGGGCAGGCAGCGGUAUUCCUGUCAGGAUGGCUGUAGUGAAUUACACUGAGCUGUGUGUGUGGUUUGGGGCCAUGCAGUUGGCUGCUGUGACGUGGAGGCAGGCAGGGAGCCCAUGCAGCGCUGGUCCUAAGCCCCGGGGGUUUUCUCAGACUCCUAUAAAUAGAGGAUAUGAUCCAGACAGGAGGGAAGGCCUCUAAUCCUCUUACUGCCAUAUUUGGUGGGCUUUUAACCCCGGGGCGUGGCGCUACAGUAAACAUCACUACUUUCAACAUUGUUACUUCCUCUUUUGUUAUUGUCACCAAAGUUGGUCUGCCUCAUCAAGCGUGUGUAUAAAGCGUGGUUUUAGUAUAGUAAGCAAGCAGCAUUGUGGACACGUGGCUGUGGAUCGCUCCACGUAGGCAUUGAUUGAGCAGCUUGUGUCCUGAUCUCGCCUUUCAUCAUAGAUCGCGUGUGUCACCCCAUCUUCAAGUUAUUGCACGGUUUCAGUGAUGUCUAGCUAUCCCUCACAUGGUCCUAUGUUUGCCUAAUAGGCAGAAUGUUGUUUUUGCUUCCUCAGUCAUAUGAUAACGGGAUUGGCCAGGGGGCUGGAUUGGAAUCGCAUGGUGAGUAUGACAGGCAGCACCCGGGAUUGAUUGAUAUUAUGGGUCUAGAGAGGGAUUAGCCAUUAGCCCAAAACCUUACUAGAACAAAUAUCCUCUUAAUUCCUUCCAAUUAAGCCCUAUUAUUCCAGGGAACCCCCCAGGGUUAGCUAAGCUACUGCACAGAGAGAUUUGCGUAAUGAACCCAUGGGAUGUUACACAAAGCAUUUAUAUUGAAGUUACGCAAAAAUGUGGAAAUUAUAACCUUUAUUUAACCCUGGGGGGGGGGGCCUUGAUUAUUAAUAUUAUCUCAAAUAGUUAGGAGUGUGUGUACCUACCUAUCUGCCGAGUGCAAAGUUCUCCCUCAUUGUUAGCGGACUCCACACAGCUGCUGCCGGAGCAGAUUCAUAUGCCGUCUCGACAUCUUCCCCCACAAUUACUCCUCUGCAGUUUGGAAGUGAUAAUAAAGCUCUGACGCUAAUGUCGUGACAGUUGAAAAGGGAAACUGGUGAUGGAUAGUGGCGCUGUGCCGGUGGCUGAUAACCCCUGUCAUUAAGCUGUCUUUCUGUCUGUCUGCCAGGUGGGUCCACGUUCUGUGCCGUCGCCGCCCUGUGUCUGAUGGGCAAAUUAGAGGAGAUGUUCAGCGAGCGUGAGCUGAACAGGAUACGCCGCUGGUGCAUCAUGAGACAGGAGAACGGCUUCCACGGCCGCCCCAACAAGCCCGUCGACACGUGCUACUCCUUCUGGGUGGGCGCCACACUCGAGGUAACGGGAACUUGGCUGGAACCUCCGGAGACGUACCAGUGUACACUUUCUUUAUGGUUCAUUAACGUUGCUUUAUUAGCGAAAGGUCCAGUCAAUUAAUCAAAUAUGUUCGUAGUAUGCAUUGACAUUCAUUUAGCAGCCCGUACUUCCCCUAUAUUAAACAUUUUUAUUUGAGUGAUGCAGUACAAUGGGUACCCGUGGUGUUAUGGAUGGUCCACCCUCCAAUAACGGUGUUGUUAAUAAAACAUAAUGUCAUAAAAAAAAAGAAUACAUCCAUGCCGUGUGGAAGAGCGCAACCGUGUUUGCUGGUCUGUAACCCACUGACAACGCCCCCGGUUAGAGGGGAAUAAAACAGCCCAAGAGUUAAAUCACACUGGAACUUUAUUCAUACACACAGGAAAACUAAGGUACAUGGAUGGUUCUGUAAUACAGAAAUGAAACGAAUAAUAAGUAUACACAUGGAAUGCAAUGAAUAGAGCAGGAUGAAUGUAUGCAUAUCAAUGGUCUACAGCAGUGAAUAGAAAUGGAACCGAACUGCAAUAGCACAAUAGGUAAGGACUAAGGUAAAAAGCAUGUAUUACACAGGAGUAAUGUUACACAGGAGUAAUGUUACACUGGAGUAAUGUUACACAGGAGUAAAGACUAGCAAUGGCCGCUAACAGUAAUAAAUGACAGCAGUGCAAGAAAGGACUGUAUUUACAUGGCAGUAAGUUACCUAAAGCAGAGCUACUUGUAAAGGAGACCGCAUACAUGCAUAACAUAGUAAUUGCUAUACUGUGACUACUUAUAGACACAAACAAUGCCAAGUUAAACAACAACAACUUACUUUGUAUACGCAUUCCCAUAAAAACAACAGCAGUUGUCACAAAGUGCUUAUGUUGCAGGCCUCAGUCUGUAGCUGAGGUGGCCUGUAGUAGUAAAAAGAAUGGACACAAGUUUAUGUCUGCAAAGUUUUUUUUCUCUUUUUCAAUUGUCUAUUUUCUUCUUCAUACCUUUAAAACAUUCACAUCAAACAAGUGCACACUUUAAAUUACACAACAUAAAUGCACUUUACCCCAAAAAAUCCAGAAAAACGCAUGUCAUAAAUUUUAUAAAUUGAUUUGCAUUUUAAUUAGGGAAAUAAGUAUUUGACCCCCCUCUCAAUCAGAAAGAUUUCUGGCUCCCAGGUGUCUUUUAUACAGGUAACGCGCUGAGAUUAGGAGCACACUCUUAAAGGGAGUGCUCCUAAACUCAGUUUGUUAUCUGGAUAAAAGACACCUGUCCACAGAAGCAAUCAAUCAGAUUCCAAACUCCCACCAUGGCCAAGACCAAAGAGCUCUCCAAGGAUGUCAGGGACAAGAUUGUAGACCUACACAAGGCUGGAAUGGGCUACAAGACCAUCGUGAAGCAGCUUGGUGAGAAGGUGACAACAGUUGGUGCGAUUAUUCGCAAAUGGAAGAAACACAAAAGAACUGUCAAUCUCCCUCGGCCUGGGGCUCCAUGCAAGAUCUCACCUCGUGGAGUUGCAAUGAUCAUGAGAACGGUGAGGAAUCAGCCCAGAACUACACGGGAGGAUCUUGUCAAUGAUCUCAAGGCAGCUGGGACCAUAGUCACCAAGAAAACAAUUGGUAACACACUACGCCGUGAAGGACUGAAAUCCUGCAGCGCCCGCAAGGUCCCCCUGCUCAAGAAAGCACAUAUACAGGCCUGUCUGAAGUUUGCCAAUGAACAUCUGAAUGAUUCAGAGGAGAACUGGGUGAAAAUGUUGUGGUCAGAUGAGACCAAAAUCGAGCUCUUUGGCAUCAACUCAACUCGCCGUGUUUGGGGGAGGAGGAAUGCUGCCUAUGACCCCAAGAAAACUAUCCCCAUUGUCAAACAUGGAGGUGGAAACAUUAUGCUCUUGGGGUGUUUUUCUGCUAAGGGGACAGGACAACUUCACCGCAUCAAAGGGACGAUGUAACGCCAAGGUAGUGGGUUCGAUCCCCGGGACCACCCAUAAACAAAAAUGUAUGCACGCAUGACUGUAAGUUGCUUUGGAUAAAAGCGUCUGCUAAAUGGCAUAUUAUUUAUAUUUACGAUGUACCGUCGAAUCUUGGGUGAGAACCUCCUUCCCUCAGCCAGGGCAUUGAAAAUGGGUCAUGGAUGGGUGGCAUGACAAUGACCCAAAACACACGGCCAAGGCAACAAAGGAGUGGCUCAAGAAGAAGCACAUUAAGGUCCUGGAGUGGCCUAGCCAGUCUCCAGACCUUAAUCCCAUAGAAAAUCUGUGGAGGGAGUUGAAGGUGAGAGUUGCCAAACGUCAGCCUCGAAACCUUAAUGACUUGGAGAAGAUCUGCAAAGAGGAGUGGGACAAAAUCCCUCCUGAGAUGUGUGCAAACCUGGUGGCCAACUACAAGAAACGUCUGACCUCUGUGAUUGCCAACAAGGGUUUUGCCACCAAGUACUAAGUCAUGUUUUGCAGAGAGGUCAAAUACUUAUUUCCCUCAUUAGAAUGCAAAUCAAUUUAUAACAUUUUUGACAUGCGUUUCUCUGGAUUUUUUUGUUGUUAUUCUGUCUCUCACUGUUCAAAUAAACCUACCAUUAUAAUUAUAGACUGAUCAUGUUUUUGUCAGUGGGCAAACGUACAAAAUCAGCAGGGGAUCAAAUACUUUUUUCCCUCACUGUAUAUGAAGACAAAAAUAACUGAGUGUUUUUCUAUGUACCGCCACCAAUAUAGAAAACUGACAACAAUACAUUCAGCUUUAAGAUAGCAGCACCUCCGUAAAAUCGUCUCUCUCUCAUGCACUAAAAGUCCAUGCUCCAGACUGAGCGAGUUUACCAGCUCGUGAGCACAAUUUUACACAAAACCAAUAAGAUGUAAAACGAACUCAGAAAUCCCUAACAACUGGAUUCUUUAUCAAAUCUCCUAGACAAAAUCCAGUACAAGUAAGCGACUCGGUAAACAUAGUCUCUGUGAAUUGUAAAUCGUUUUUACCUCAGCUAACAUAUACUCUCGCUCAUUGAAAAUCACGUUCUUCCUUCACUCAGUUCGACACGAAAACAACACAAAACCUUUCCUAACGUGAUAAAACCUUGACAAAGUUGUUAAAUAGCAUGUUAUUACAUAUUCUUUCGAUAUUAGAAUGUUUGGAAGUUCUGUUACAUACCUGUAAUAGUAAAAAGAACGGACACAAGUUUACAUCUGCAAAGUUCUGGCGCUUUCUUUAUUCUGAAGAAUGGUGCGCGCGCUUGGCCAGAACUUGCUGUUUCUCCGACUACCACAGUGCAACAGCGCCGUCUAUUGGCCUGAUGGACUACAAAUGCUAAAGCAUGUGGAAUAUACAAUUUAGAUUAAUUAAGACAAAUACAUAAACACGUUAUUUUGUUUUGUUUAUAAUAAAUGGUUGUCUGUUUUUAGUAACUUUGUUUCAACGCAUUACACUUAUACAGAAACCCAGCCUAAAACUCAAAGAGCAAGCAAUGCGGAUGUAGUAGCACAGCGGCUAGGAAAAACUCCCUAGAAAGACAGGAACCUAGGAAGAAACCUAGAGAGGAACCAAGCUCUGAGGGGUGGCCUGUCCUCUUCUGGCUGUGCCGGGUGGAGAUUAUAAGGGUACAUGGCCAUAAAGGCCAGAUCGUUCUACAAAAAUAUUCAAGCGUUCAUAGAUGACCAGUAGGGUCAAAUAAUAAUCACAGUGGUUAUAGAGGAUGCAACAGGUCAGCACCUCAGGAGUAAAUGUCAGUUGGCUUUUCAUAGCCGAGCAUUCAGAGGUUGAGACAGCAGGUAUGAGAGGGAGGGAGAGGAAGACAGCGAAACAGCAGGUCUUGGACAAGGUAGCACUUCCUGUGAACAGGUCAGAGAAUACGUGAUCAGUGCAUGGACAGAGUGGGGACAGCCUGAUUGGCUGAAGCUGGGAGUGAUCGAUAACUCACGUGAGGGGGAGAACUAGACUACGUGGCGCCAGCCAGACAAAAACAAACAACAUACACUCUGGAAAAUAGUCCUACAGAAAUUCACAACAUUUAAUGGGACUGGGUGGCAUGAGCUUACGGUCUAGGAGCUGAUCCCGGGAUACACAAGGCAUACACAGGUGCAUAUUGAUAGCGGUAUAUGAACGAACGCUUCCAGACUGUCCAUUUUAAAUGGUCUGUUGAAGUCCAUGUGUUAGUGUAAUGUUUAGAGUUACCGGCUGUGCAUCGGAAGAUUGCGGGUUCGCCUCACAGAGGACACAUUUUGAAAAAAAAAAUGUUUAGUUUUGACAGCCCCCUCCCAACACACACUUAUUUUCAUUUAUUAGGUGGUUCUUAAAAUAGCCUUUGGGUUAGUGGAGCAGCAGGCAAGUGGCAUUGAGUGUUGUGUGUAGCUCUGUUGGUAGAGCAUGGUGCUUGCAAAGCCAGGGUUGUGGGUUCGAUUCCCAUGAGGGACCAGUAUGAAAAAAAGUAUGUCAAUGUAUGCCCUCACUACUGUAAGUCGUUCUGUAUAAGAGCGACUGCUAAAUGACCCAAACAUUUUUUUACUACUGCUUGUGUCUUGCUAGAACAGAGGAGAGACAAGCUCUCAGACUCUCAUAGAAGAGGUUGUUGCCCUCAUCCUUGAGAUGCACGCCAUCCCUAUGGUACUGGCCAUGGACACACUGCUUGAUGGCAGGGUGGCGGAUUGUGGGCAUGCGCCUGUCACGGAGAAAUGCAAACAAAAGCUGGUUGACAGAGCACCGGGCCAUCUCUAUGCGCUUGUUGAUGUCCUCCUCUCACUGGAACAUCCAACUCUUCUGCUGCGCAACACUGUUGUCCCGGGGAACAUCCGGAUGACUACCUCCAAAUCAGCGCGCAUCUGACGCACCAGGGCUCUCCCCUUUUGUGUGUCCCAAGUCGUAUCUACCGAGGUUUGGGUAGAUCUGAACCAAUUAUAGACGUCUAUGUUUGGGCUAAAUCAAGGCCAGUCCGGAUACGCGCAAAUCUGAACUAAACAUAGAUGUCUAUGAUUGGUUCAGAUUUGGACCGGACCAAAAAUCAACGAGAUUCCCUAAAAACGCGCCACUUCGUUACAGCUACGACUUUUAGGUUAAGGUUAGGAAAAGGGUUCGGGUUAGCGACCGGACCAAAAAAAUACAUCUGGACAGGACCAAAAAAAUAUGUCCAAAAGACGUCGCCGUAGAUCCUCAACAAGUAAAGAAACUGGAGGGGGGUCUGGGGGGACUCACUCAGCCAACUUAUUCAGUACUUUGAGAGUCACGUACAGGAACUGGUAUGUGCUUAAUGUAAAGCAGCUGUUGAUUUUCACUCCCCUCUUUAAAGGGAGAAUCCUUAUGUUUUGCAUAAAUGCAAAUAGACAUGUCUACAAAGUAAUAGCCAUGGCCCGUUUUCCGACAGCGAUGAAAUUUAAGCUUACGAGUGUUUUAACAAUGCAUCGUUUCUAGAACGGCUGAAGAACUCCCAAAACACCACGUAGGGAGAACUUUAAAUAAGUGCUUCGUUAGAGCAUGUGUCUUUACAGAUAGGAUUGAAAGAAAGGUAGUGCUGGUCUCGGAUCAGCAUUCUCCAUUCAGUCGCUCUGGAUAAGAGCGUCUGCUAAAUGAUGUAAAUGUAUAUCUUACCUUAACAUUAGAGACUGACGACAGAUCAGCUCCUAGAGAGAGAUUGUCACCUAUGGCUGCAAUUAUUGAGGCGGCUUAUUCUAAUGCAUAGGCAGGUAUGGACAACUCCGAAUAUUGGACAGAUUGUACACAUUUUAGGCCUACACAUCAUGAAAUUGAGGCAAAAAUUACAGACAGUAGCCUGCAAUUAGCAAAAUAGAACACAAUUGAUUGAAUAUGAAAUUGAUUUAAAUAUGACUGAAAUAUAUAGGCCUAUGUAGGCUACUGUAUUUAUUUUAAUGCAGUCAUCUCGGUUUUCAUUUGAAGCAUACUUUUACCCUUGUUUAUAACAAUGGCAAAGACAUUGGCAACUUUGUAUUGUAGUCAACUUCAUUCUGAAUUCAUCGGCGGACACAGAUGCAGAUCAACAUCUUCAUUCUAUAUUUACAGUUGAAGUCGGAAGUUUACAUACACCUUAGCCAAAUGCAUUUAAACUCAGUUUUUCACAAUUCCUGACAUUUAAUCGUAGUAAAAAUUCCCUGUUUUAGGUUAGUUAGGAUCACCACUUAAGAAUGUGAAAUGUCAGAUUAAUAGUAGAGAGAAUUAUUUAUUUCAGCUUUUAUUUAUUUCAUCACAUUCCCAGUGGGUCAGAAGGUUACAUACACUCAAUUAGUAUUUGGUAGCAUUGUCUUUAAAUUGUUUAACUUGGGUCAAAUGUUUCGGGUAGUUAGGUGAAUUAUGGCCCAUUCCUCCUGACAGUGCUGGUGUAACUGAGUCAGGUUUGUAGCCUCCUUGCUCGCACACGCUUUUUCAGUUCUGCCAACAACUUUUCUAUAGGAUUGCGGUCAGGGCUUUGUGAUGGCCACUCCAAUAACUUGACUUUGUUGUCCUUAAGCCAUUUUGCCACAACUUUGGGGUCAUUGUCCAUUUGGAAGACCCAUUUGCGACCAAGCUUUAACUUCCUGACUGAUGUCUUGAGAUGUUGCUUCAAUAUAUCCACAUAAUUUUCCUUCCUCAUGAUGCCAUCUAUUUGUGAAGUGCAUCAGUCCAUCCUGCAGCAAAGCACCCCCACAGCAUGAUGCUGCCACCCCCAUGCUUCACGGUUGGGAUGGUGUUCUUCGGCUUGCAAGCGUCCCCCUUUUUCCUCCAAACAUAACAAUGGUCAUUAUGGCCAAACAGUUCUAUUUUUGUUUCAUCAGACCAGAGGACAUUUCUCCAAAAAGUACAAUCUUUGUCCCCAUGUACAGUUGCAAACCGUAGUCUGGCUUUUUAAUGGAGGUUUUGGAGCAGUGGCUUCUUCCUUGCUGAGCAGCCUUUCAGGUUAUGUCGAUAUAGGACUUGUUUUACUGUGGAUAUAGAUAAUUUUGUACCUGUUUCCUCCAGCAUCUUCACAAGGUCAUUUGCUGUUGUUCUGGGAUUGAUUUGCACUUUUCGCACCAAAGUACGUUCAUUUCUAGGAGACAGAACGCGUCUCCUUCCUGAGCGGUAUGACGGCUGCGUGGUCCCAUGGUGUUUAUACUUGCGUACUAUUGUUUGUACAGAUGAACGUGGUACCUUCAGGCGUUUGGAAAUUGCUCCCAAGGAUGAACCAGACUUGUGGAGGUCUACCAUUUUUUUUCUGAGGUCUUGGCUGAUUUCUUUUGAUUUUCCCAUGAUGUCAAGCAAAGAGGCACUGGGUUUUAAGGUAGGCCUUGAAAUACAUCCACACGUACACCUCCAAUUGACUCAAAUGUGUCAAUUAGCCUAUCAGAAGCUUCUAAAGCCAUGACAUCAUUUUCUGGAAUUUUCCAAGCUGUUUAAAGGCACAGUCAACUUAGUGUAUGUAAACUUCUGACCCACUGGAAUUGUGAUACAGUGAAUUAUAAGUUAAAUAAUCUAUCUGUAAACAAUUGUUGGAAAAAUUACUUGUGUCAUGCACAAAGUAGAUGUCCUAACCGAGUUGCCAAAACUAUAGUUUGUUAACAAGAAAACGAGUUUUAAUGACUCCAACCUAAGUGUACAGUGGGGGGAAAAAAAUAUUUAGUCAGCCACCAAUUGUGCAAGUUCUCCCACUUAAAAAGAUGAGAGAGGCCUGUAAUUUUCAUCAUAGGUACACGUCAACUAUGACAGACAAAUUGAGAAAAGAAAAUCACAUUGUAGGAUUUUUAAUGAAUUUAUUUGCCAAUUAUGGUGGAAAAUAAGUAUUUGGUCACCUACAAACAAGCAAGAUUUCUGGCUCUCACAGACCUGUAACUUCUUCUUUAAGAGGCUCCUCUGUCCUCCACUCGUUACCUGUAUUAAUGGCACCUGUUUGAACUUAUCAGUAUAAAAGACACCUGUCCACAACCUCAAACAGUCACACUCCAAACUCCACUAUGGCCAAGACCAAAGAGCUGUCAAAGGACACCAGAAACAAAAUUGUAGACCUGCACCAGGCUGGGAAGACUGAAUCUGCAAUAGGUAAGCAGCUUGGUUUGAAGAAAUCAACUGUGGGAGCAAUUAUUAGGAAAUGGAAGACAUACAAGACCACUGAAAAUCUCCCUCGAUCUGGGGCUCCAUGCAAGAUCUCACCCCGUGGGGUCAAAAUGAUCACAAGAACGGUGAGCAAAAAUCCCAGAACCACACAGGGGGACCUAGUGAAUGACCUGCAGAGAGCUGGGACCAAAGUAACAAAGCCUACCAUCAGUAACACACUACGCCGCCAGGGACUCAAAUCCUGCAGUGCCAGACGUGUCCUAGAAGAAUGAAUGGGGCCAUGUAUCGUGAGAUUUUGAGUGAAAACCUCCUUCCAUCAGCAAGGGCAUUGAAGAUGAAACGUGGCUGGGUCUUUCAGCAUGACAAUGAUCCCAAACACACCGCCCGGGCAACGAAGGAGUGGCUUCGUAAGAAGCAUUUCAAGGUCCUGGAGUGGCCUAGCCAGUCUCCAGAUCUCAACCCCAUAGAAAAUCUUUGGAGGGAGUUGAAAGUCUGUGUUGCCCAGCGACAGCCCCAAAACAUCACUGCUCUAGAGGAGAUCUGCAUGGAGGAAUGGGCCAAAAUACCAGCAACAGUGUGUGAAAACCUUGUGAAGACUUACAGAAAACGUUUGACCUGUGUCAUUGCCAACAAAGGGUAUAUAACAAAGAAUUGAGAAACUUUUGUUAUUGACCAAAUACUUAUUUUCCACCAUAAUUUGCAAAUAAAUUCAUUAAAAAUCCUACAAUGUGAUUUUCUGGAUUUUUUUUAUUCUCAUUUUGUCUGUCAUAGUUGACGUGUACCUAUGAUGAAAAUUACAGGCCUCUCAUCUUUUUAAGUGGGAGAACUUGCACAAUUGGUGGCUGACUAAAUACUUUUUUCCCCCACUGUGUGUAAACUUCCAACUUCAACUGUAGCUGAGAUCUUCUGUGUAUAAAGUGACGCGGAAGGGCAAAAAAGCAUCUAACGACCCAGUUAGCGUUCUACGAGUGGUCUGAGGCGGUCGGUAAAUAACAAGUGUUUUCAAGUGUAACUUUAUAACGAUGGUUUUGGGAAACCGCUCAGAGAUUUAAAGAUGCGCCUAUGAAUGUUCUGACGAUUAACUUAGCCUAAAGAUCAGUGCUCAACUUGGGCCGGAGCUGUCCAGAGAGCCCUAUAUGGCACUUCAAAUGUUCAGGGAACUGCAUGCCGGCUCCUCUAUAAAACAGUGACUUAUUACCAGCCCGGAUUCACACGGUGUCGAAUUUUUUUUGAUCAAUGCGGAAUGAAGGCGGGAUCUUCAUUCAAAGGCUAUUUGAGAAGGUUUGAAUCCUAAGCAACCUGCAUACACGUUGUUUGAAGUACAGUAGACCAACAUAGCUACUGUAGUAGGUCAAAGCUGUGUGCUGAAAAACCUUGGUAGAGUAUGGGUGGCAUUGUGGUGCUCUUGAAUUUCAGACCAAUCCCUACUUCUCACUUAAAAUGUUGUUUUUUGGUUUUUAAUUUAAUAAGAGCGCUGGUGUGCUCUAGCUUUAAGGUGUCACAGUGAAUUUCCCCUGGCCUAAUUCUAACCUCUUUCAUUUUCAGCUCCUAGACGUAUUUCAGUACACUAAUUUUGAGAAGAACCGGAACUACAUCCUGUCCACUCAGGACCAUUUGGUGGGCGGCUUCGCUAAAUGGCCAGACAGUCAUCCAGGUUAGGUUACUCUAUAUUAGGAAGGUGUUCUUAAUGUUUUGUACACUGUGUACAGCAGUCCUUCAAGAAAAUUCCACAUGACCUUAAGUCAUAAUUCAUAUCGAAAUGACUUUUUAAUUGAUUUUAAUGUCCGCUUCCAAUCUGUCUUUUCAUUAUAAUUCAAUGAUGGUACAUUUACUGUGCCUGGAAGGCUUUUAGUGGGGUCCCAUGGGAGAUGGACAGUUUUAAAGGGGUCAGGGUACAUUAUUUAUGCUCCAUUAAAGGGCCAGUACAACAAUGCAUCCAUUGACUGUUAUUGUUUUUACUCACAAAGACAAUUGAGGUAGUAUCAUGUACUUGGUUGCAUGUACAGUUCUUCUCUCCAGUAAUAUGUAGCAGCCUAUUCAUGCUUCCCUAAGAAGAGAUAAAUCUUGCAUAAGUAUGAAAAAGUGUUGUGAUGUUUGACUCGAAACAUAAUUGGGAUCAGCUAGACAUUAUUGGCAACCUGUCAAUGAUCAUGUCAAGAUCUGUUUUAUUCAUAAGCGUGUGGUCCAUAGUGACAGUUAUUGAUGUAUGCGAUUGAAUCCUGUUUUGGCAGCACUUUAGAGUAGCUCUCUCUUAAAACCACCUCUUAGUGAUUUCAUUAUAUACUUUUCUGGUCUGUACAGCUAUCAGGUGCAGCCACUAAUUCACAUCGGGCAAAUGUGAGGUUGUUAAAGGAGCUGUGGACCUUGUCUUCUAUGUGAUUUUUAAAAAAAGCCCCUGGUCACGUUCCAGGCUAACUACAUUGCAGACACCUGCCAGAUCUCACAAUGCCCUGGAUAGGUGUUAAAUCUGACGAAGAUCCGUUUCGGAUCGAAGCGUUGUCAAACUGGUGAAUUGGGAGCAUAAACAGUGUGCGGGCCUUCCUGUUCUUUACAAACAUACAGCUAACCACAUCAUAUGAUAUAGCAAUCUGAUUCCUGACUGCGCAGUAGAUAACAUAGCGUCCAACCAUUAGUUGAUGCAAAGCAAUGUCUGCAAUGCAAUCGAACGUGGAACAUGACCGAAGCCACAGUGGCCUUUCAGUUUCAGGUGCUGGGGCGUGUCACUUGGCUGACCUACUUUCCUCUCUCCUCUGGUCCUCAUGUCUGUUCCAGACCCGCUGCACGCCUACUUUGGGAUCUGCGGCCUGUCUCUGAUAGGGGAGGCCAACCUGCGGCGAGUUCACCCCGCCCUGAACGUGAGCGAGAGGGCCUUUGAGUAUCUGCAGCACCUGCACCGGACGUGGAGAGACGCCUGCACC